AUGCAAAAAUCAAUUUCCAAACAUUCCGUCAAGUCCGUUUUGGCAAAGAUUGCUUCUAAUCAACAACGUAAUUUCAAGUUGGAUCUGACUGAGGCCAAGAAGCCUACUCAUCUUCUUCCUGAUGAAUAUGAUGGUAUCAAGUUGGUGACUCCGGAGAGACCUGGACCAAAGACUAAGGAACUCUUGGAAAGAAUGAACAAGAUUCAAGACAUGAGAGCAGCUCACUUUGUAGCCAAUUUUGAAAAGAGCAAGGGCAACUUUAUUGUCGAUGCCGAUGACAACAUCAUUUUGGACACAUUUACUCAAAUUUCUUCUAUUCCUCUUGGUUACAAUCAUCCAUACUUGAUUGAAAAGUUCCACAAGGACCCAAGAUAUGCUACCAGCUUCUUGAACAGACCAAGUUUGGGCAUUAAUCCUCCUCACAAUUACAUUGAUAUUUUGCAAGAGUCAUUUGCAAGAAUUAUGCCAAAGGGUAUGACUGAUGUUGUGACUUUGAGCAGUGGAGCCGAAGCCAAUGAAAAUGCAUACAAGGUUGCAUUCUGUAGAUACAUGCAAAUCAAGAGAGGAGGUAAAUCUGCCUCCAAGGAAGAAAUGGAUUCUUGUGUGUUGAACCAAAAGCCUGGAACACCAAACUUGUCAAUUUUGUCAUUUAAGAAUUCGUUCCACGGAAGAACUCUUGGUGCUCUCACUGCUACACACAGCAAGGCUAUCCAUAAAGUCGACUUCCCUUCAUUCAAUUGGCCAGUUUGUGACUUCCCACAAUUGAAGUAUCCAUUGGAGCAAUACGAAGCUGAAAACAAGAAGGAAAUGGAUAGAGUUUUGGAGCAAGUUGAAAAGACAAUCAAACUUUCACACUCACCAAAUUCACCUUGGGGUGAAGUUGCUGGCUUGGUUGUUGAACCUAUUCAAUCAGAGGGUGGUGACAAGCAUGCUAUGCCAUACUUCUUCAAAGAAUUGAGAAGAAUCACUAAAGAAAAUAAUGUUGCAUUUAUUUGUGAUGAAGUUCAAACUGGUGGAGGUGCUACUGGUAAAUUCUGGGCUCAUGAAUAUUGGGGUUUGGGAGAAAAUGGUCCUGAUAUUGUCUGCUUCUCAAAGAAAUUGCAAGCUGCUGGUAUUUUCCAUCGCCCAGAAUUUAAGAUUGAUCUUCCAUACAGAAUUUUCAACACCUGGCUUGGAGAUUAUACUCGUGCUUUGCAAUUGGGUGCCAUUAUUGAUGUUAUUGAACGUGAUCGUCUUUUGGAUUUAGUGAAUCAAACUGGAGCUUACAUGAUGAAACAUAUGACUGAAUUAUCAAAGAGAUAUCCAGGAAAGAUUGACAAUGUGAGAGGUGCUGGUACUUUUAUUGCCUUCGAGUCGAAUAAGCAACCUGAGUUAAUGAAGCAAAUGCUGCAUAGAGGUGUUGAAGUUGGAUCGUGUGGUACAAAUACCAUUCGUCUUAGACCAAUGUUGACUUUCCAUCAAUGGCAUGCUAAUAUCUUCCUUCAAAAUUUGAAUGAAACUUUGGAGAAGCUCUAA